AUGCAGCGCCAAGUGCGCUGGUUGGCCGGCCGGAUGGUUUGCCUGCUUUGCUUGCUUUGCAUCCGCAUUUCCAACCAACUUUCUCCAGCCCUCCUCCGCGCGCCAGCCGUCGCAGUCCGUGGCCCGGCCAGCAGACGAUUGAUAAGCACCACACCCGCAGACUCCAAGCCGAGGAGUUGGAAGAACACCGCUGCCCGCUUGGGUCUGGCCAUUGGCGCCGUCUACUACUAUAACACGAGCCCGAUCUUUGCUCAAACCCCGUCCUUCUCCCUCCUCUCUCAAGCCACCUCCGACCCCGAACCAGACACCACCCUCACCCUCGACUCCGUCAAGCCCAAGAUCCGUGAAGAGAAGAAGGCUUCCGCUCCCGCUCCCGCUCCCACUCCCGCCCCUCAAGAUGCGCAACCCUCCUCCGACCCCUCGCUGAUGUCCCCCGAGGAGCUCGAGGCCGAAGCCGGCCAGGAAGGUGCCUUUAACCCGGAGACUGGCGAGAUCAACUGGGACUGCCCUUGCCUGGGCGGUAUGGCCCAUGGUCCUUGUGGCGAGGAGUUCAAGGCUGCUUUCAGCUGCUUCGUGUACUCGUCAGAAGAGCCGAAGGGUAUUGACUGCAUUGACAAGUUCCAGGGCAUGCAAAACUGCUUCAGACAACAUCCCGAUGUCUACGGUGCCGAACUCGAAGAUGACGAGGCCGCUCCCGCCGCUCCCGAGACCGGAGACGAGCAGCCCGUGACGGCUGCUCAGAUCGACGCCGCCCCUCUCCCCGAGGAGAAGCGCGCCCAGGCACAGGAAAUCGUCGCCCAGACGAAACAGGAACUCACGGAGAAGGGCGAGCUGGCUGAGAGCGAGGUCUUGGUUCCCAAGGCUGCGCAUGAUGCCGAGAACUAAAUCCCGCUCGGAUACCCAUAGAGAAAACAUAGGGUUAAUACAUACAUACAGUACCUCAUACAGGAUUGGCGAGAAGCUUUGGAAUCAAUCAAGAACAUGUGAUUAGCAGGGUGGAGGGAGAAGAGGAUCCCGGAUGUACAAUCGGGCUGUGUAUUACUAUAUGCAUGAUUUUGAUUUGGCCGUUCAAAUUCUCAUAUUAUACCCUCAUACAACACCCCCCUCCCCUCUCUACUCUGUUCUUGGACUCCUCUGCUUCCAUCUUUUCUAACUUGUCUAUCGUCUCUUCUCCAGUUCCGGUUCCAGCUCUGGCUUCAUCUCCAUUUCCAUCCCCAUUCCAUCAAGUCUCUGUAUCUAAGUAACCACCUGUACUUGUAACCUUCUUUUCUUUUCUUUUAUUUCGUUUGUUUCUGCGUCCGUUUGGUUUCAAUUUUGGUUUAGCAUCUCGGUCAAAAGGAGGUAGAAUCAAUAGAUAGAAAUAGAUGAUUUUCUUUCCUU